AGGCUUAGUUUGUUUCUCUAGAAAAUAAUUGGAAGAGAACAGCCCCUUUUUCUUAUUCCGGGGUCUCUAUUGUUUGACGAGAUCAGUUUGCAUGUGCUUUUGAUUAGUUUAUGGCUCCCGCACCCUUUAUGUCAAUGUUCACAAAAAUCUCCCUUGCCUGUUCUUUUCUUUUCUUCUUUUCUUCCCUCAUUGAUCGAUUCCUGUCUGCAAAUCAACAGUGGAAGCAUUCGAGAAAUACUUCUUGUGUCAAACAAAGCUGGAGCAGAAAGAAAGAAAUCUUGAUGAGUUGAUUGAUUGAUUACUUGAUCCUGUGUUAUCUAUCCUCUAUGCCCCUUUGGGGGGAUUCCCCUCUCUUCUCCAUGAGAUUACCAGCAAAGCACCACCUCUCUGUUCUGGUUCCUGCAAGUCCUGUGUGGUCCUCUGUGUCAUGUCAGCUUAUCCUCAUUCCCUGUCAUAGUGAAGGUCUGCCCCUGUCUUUUCAGAAUCCUUACCCCUUCUGGGUUGUCCCCUGCGCAUCCUUUUGUAGCCAUGGAGAUGGAAGUCCUAGGGAUGCUCUAAAGCUUUCUUUUGGUGUCUUACAAUUAGAUGCUGCUGCUGCUGCCCUCCUCCUUCCUCUAGCAAGAAAAUGAUGAUGGAAUCUGGGAGCAGGUUCUUCUCUGCUGAUGAGUUCCGUUUGGAUGCAAAGUGGCUUAUUGACCCAAAUCAUCUCUUUGUCGGGCCCAAGAUUGGUGAAGGUGCUUAUGCCAAAGUCUAUGAGGGAAAAUAUAAGAACCAGACUGUGGCAAUUAAGAUGGUUCAUAAAGGAGAGACACCAGAGGACAUUGCCAAGAUAGAGGCAAGGUUUGCUCGGGAGGUUGCAAUGUUGUCCAGAGUUCAACACAAGAAUUUGGUCAAGUUUGUAGGUGCCUGCAAGGAGCCUGUGAUGGUGAUAGUUACCGAGCUUUUGUCUGGAGGGACCCUGCGCAAGUACUUGGUGAGCAUGAGGCCUCGGUGCUUAGACACUAAAGUGGCAGUUGGUUUCGCACUUGAUAUUGCUCGUGCCAUGGAGUGUUUGCACAGUCACGGUAUCAUACACCGUGAUUUGAAACCUGAGAAUUUGCUGCUGACUGCUGACCACAAAACCGUUAAACUGGCCGAUUUCGGUCUAGCAAGAGAAGAGUCACUAACAGAGAUGAUGACCGCAGAAACUGGGACGUAUCGGUGGAUGGCUCCAGAGUUGUACAGUACUGUUACUUUAAGGCGAGGAGAGAAGAAGCAUUACAACCACAAAGUCGACGCUUACAGCUUUGCAAUCGUGUUGUGGGAGCUCUUACAUAACAAGCUGCCUUUCGAGGGCAUGUCAAACCUCCAGGCAGCCUACGCAGCCGCCUUCAAGAAUGUGCGGCCAAGUGCUGAUAACCUGCCCGAGGAACUGUCUUUCAUUCUAACUUCUUGCUGGAAGGAGGACCCAGAAGCUCGGCCCAACUUCAGCCAGAUAAUUCAGAUGCUCCUCAAUCAUCUGUACACCGUCUCUCCACCUGUGCCUGUCAUUCCCUCUCGGUUCUUCACUUCAGAGAACAGUGCCCUGGCCCCUGAGUCUCCUGGUACAAGCUCACUGAUGGCGAUCCGUGAUGAUUCAGGAGAAACCCCUAAAGCAGAAUCAGUGAGAAAGCCAAACGGCUGCUUUUUCUGCUUCGAUCAGUGUUAUUGACCCCUAAAACAGAAGCAAAGCAAAGCAUCUGUAACUUCUGUUGGUCCAUCUGUCGCGCUAUGAUCCAUAGGCAGCAACGGAAAGGCGAGGCUUUUUGAUCCCCAAGUAAGAAAAUUUUGACACCUUGGUGGACACAAGACGACUUGGGCUGUAGUCGUCUUAUGCAGAGGCGGCUUAUAUUAUUAACUAUCAACUGUCGAGAAUUCAGGGCGAUCUCAUUCCAUGACUUAA